AUGUUGACGGACAUGAACGGCGAGUUGCAGUUGGACCUUCUGUAUCGGGAGGAACUACGGUCGGAACGAAAAGUUCUCGAAGGGACGGCCGCCGAACUCGUCAGUGCUCAGGCCGCGUUAGCUCAAGAACGGUUUCGGCUUGACGAGACCAAACGGGGUUUUGCAGCCAAGGUGGCCGACGAGCGUGCCCUGUUUGACGAGGAGCGCCUAUCGUGGUUGACGCAGUUGUCAAACGACCGUUCACAAGCGGAUUUGGAGCGUCGUGAGAUAAACAUCGCGAUGCAGGCGGAACGAUCGCGACUUCUGUCAGAACGGCUGGAACUGCUUCGCGUGCGCCAGCAACCCCGGACCAACCCAUAG